AUGGGCAAGUCGCUGGGCAACAGUAUUGACCCCGAUGAACUGGUGACAACCUUCGGAGCGGACGUGGACGGCCACAAGAUGGGCGAGUCGCUGGGCAACACAAUCGACCCUGACAAGCUGGUGACCACCUUUGGCGCGGACGCGGACGGGCACAAGAUGGGCAAAUCCCUAGGGAAUACUAUCGACCCAGACGAGUUGGUGACCACAUUUGGCGCGGACGCGGUGCGAUACUUCUUCCUUCGGGAGAUCGAGUUCGGCAGCGAUGGGGACUUCUCUAAGGAGCGAUUCGUUAACAUUGUCAAUGCAAACCUUGCAAACACCAUAGGCAAUCUGGUGAACCGCACGCUGGGGCUGCUCAAGAAGAACUGCAGCAGCACUCUGAGCAUCGACUCCGCUUAUCUGCCCCUCGACCAUCCUCUCCGCACCACCACUGCUGCAUCCAUGGCAACGGCAGCAGUGUGCUAUGCUGCUUUGGACUUCAGUGGGGCGUGUGAGGCGAUUCUGGUGCCAGCAGCAGCGGGGAACGGGUUUUUGGAGGAAAGAGCACCUUGGAGCAAGUUCAAACAGGGUGGGGCAGAAGCAGAAGAGGCUGCUACGGUCCUGGUGGCAGUGUUGGAGACGGCUCGCUGUGUGGCCGUGGCAUUCUCAUCAACCCCACUUCCAGAAUGA